UCUAAGUUUAAUUGAUUGCCAAAAAAUAACUGAUGAAGGUAUAUGCGUAAUUGCUUCAGCAUGUCCGAAUAUGCAAAAAUAUAUAUUGGAAGGGUGUGAAGAGAUUACUAAUAUAUCAGUUAAAAAAAUUGCGCAAUCCAACCCAAAUCUUAAAUAUCUUAACUUUAGUUGGUGCCUUGUAUCCGAUGAAUCCAUUUGUGCAAUAGCGCGAUCGUGCCCAAAACUUGAACAGCUUUAUCUUGAAGGUUGCAAUAUUACUGAUAUAUCUAUGUCCGCAUUAGCAAAUUUACACAAUCUCCGGAAGCUUGAUAUUGAGGAAUGCGAGAAAAUCAGCGUAAAUGCAAUCAUAUCCUUGCAGAAUAAAAUUCCUACUCUUAAUAUUAUCGGUUGGUAUUCGGAUUCAAAUGAUGAGUCAGAUAUGGAUAAUUUAUCAGAAUAA